UUUCUUUUCUUUUUAUUCAUCGCCCCUCUUUCUCCUGUCAAAUCCCCUUUCUUCUUGCAAAGAAAUCCAUUCGUUCAUCAUUGUUCAUCCGUUGUUGAUCAGAGCAUCCCCUCUCCGCUCCUUAUUUUUUUUCUUUUCAGGCCACUCAUACUCCCUUCCUUUCAAUUCCACUCUUGUUUCUCCUUCAACUCACUUUAGCUGAGCUCCUCAAUAUCCACAAGAAAAUACUUUUACUUCAUUAACACAUUAACAACAGCUCUUCAUUGCAAAUACUAAACCUCCAAAGCCAGUCAGUACCGACUCUGAAUAGCUCGGUGAGUCUGACUUCUCUUUCCGCCCACACCUUCGACCUCAGACUAAACAAGUCGCAUCCUUCACCUCCAUGUCCUCAUAUGCCUCAUCUGAUAGCAAUGUUAAUGAUGGGGACCAAAAUCAAGCCCUUUCAACAGCAACAAAAACAACAGGAACAUUACCUCAAUUGACACAAGGUGCUUUUACUGCAACAAUCACUGCUACUACUGCUACUGCAACCACUACAGCAACAGCCACUCUUUUUCCUCGUCCUCGCCCAUCUUCACCUUCAACAAAAGCCCAUAGACCGGCUGGAAAGGCCCAUGAUUGGUAUUCAGGAGGGGUGGUCACUUCUCAUGGCCGCUGGUUUAGGGAUGCACAGAACAGGACGUUACUCUUGCGAGGAGUCAACAUGUGUGCUAACUCAAAACUCCCAACUACACCCAAUGGCAGCUCUCAUUUGAAUGAAGGCUUCUUCGAUCACCGUAAUGUUUGCUUUUUGGGCCGUCCAUUUCCUCGGGAUCAAGCAGACGAGCACUUUUCAAGGCUGCAACGAUGGGGCCUGACGUUUGUACGUCUGCUGGUUCCAUGGGAGGCAUUAGAGCACUCUGGACCAGGGAUUUAUGAUGAAAAAUUUAUCGACUCCUUGAUCGAGCUCAUCGAACUUAUGCCAAAGUAUGGGAUCAAGUGCUUUAUCGAUCCACAUCAAGAUUGCUGGUCUCGGUUUUCGGGCGGGUCAGGCGCACCGGGGUGGACAUUUGAAGCGGCUGGACUCGAUAUUACAAAGUUUAAGACGACAGGAGCGGCCUAUGUCCACAAUACUAAUCAAUACCCAGGCGACUCACCACCUAUGGUCUGGCCUACCAACUAUACUAAACUUGCUGCAAGCACCAUGUUUACUCUCUUCUGGGCUGGAGACACCUUUGCACCUCAAAAGACGUAUCAAGGAGAGACAAUCCAGCAAUUCUUACAGAAUCGAUACAUUGCAUGCUAUCAACAUCUUGCAAGGCGUUUGAACCAUCUCGAUGCGGUUAUAGGUUAUGAAGUAAUGAAUGAACCACAUCCCGGAUACGUUGGCCUUAAAAACCUCAAGCGGUAUGACUUUCGUACUAACCUGUUCUUUGGUGACUUUCCAUCGGCGCUUGAGGCGAUGGCGCUGGGUGAUGGUAUGACACUACCAAUUGAGGUUUGGGUCAAAUCAUGGCCAUAUCCAACGAAGAAAGAAAAAACCAGGAUUGUCAAUGCGGAAAAGGAGUCUGCAUGGCUUGAUGGCAAAUGCUUGUGGAGACAACAUGGUGUUUGGAGUGUGAACCCAAAGACAGGCACGGCACAGCUAGACAAACCAGAUUAUUUCACAAAGGACCCUUCAACUGGCGAAAAAAUCGACUUUUCAAGGUUCUACCUUGAUUUCGUUAAUAAAUACUCAAAGGCCAUACAGAGCGUGACCCCCUCGGCGUUCGUCUUCGUUGGACCCAUCCCCAACGAGCCUCCACCAGUGUGGGGGGCAGGAGAUCAUGAGGAGAACAUCGUUUAUGCUCCUCACUGGUACGAUCUGCACUCAAUCUUCAACAAGACAUUUGAUGGCCGCGUUACGCAUGAUGUUCAGAGUCUCAGCAGAGGCAAGAACGUAUUCUCUGCUACAUAUUUCGGGAUCAAAGGAGCUAAGAGAAAUUAUCGUGGCCAGCUUGCCAAUGUGCUCAAAUUGGGACUGCAGAAUGUGGGAAUAAAGCCAUGUCUCAUUGGAGAAUGUGGUAUCCCUAUGGAUAUCAACCAGCGAGCAGCGUUCAUGAGUGGAGACUAUGGACACCACUCCAAAUUUCUGGAUGCCAUUUUGUCUGCUCUGGAAUCAAACCUCCUAAGUUUCACCCUUUGGAAUUACAACGCCACCAACGACAAUACUUAUGGCGAUCAUUGGAACGGCGAAGAUUUCUCCAUUUUUUCACUAGAUUCGCCCCAGUCAUCGACUCCUCGCCUCUCUAGCGCAGGAUCACCUUCCUCCUCAAAGACAUCGCUUAGGCAACAGGCUCCAAACUUUGCAAAGGAAGUGAUGCGGAGAGCGGCAGCUCAGAACGGCUCUGGCGAGCUACCGACCAUAACAAACGGUAAUGCCGUUGGCAGUGGGAACGAUAACUCUACCGACAACGAAGACAGCGACACAAUAGAGGACGAACUCUACACCGAAAGAGACGACGGACUAGAAACGAUCAUGGACUCCCCAUUUGAUCGAUCCUAUUUUUCGUUUGACCAUGAGGAAUCAGACCAUGGACCUUAUCAUGAGGGACACCUUGGGGGUCGCGCACUAGAUGCUAUUGUGCGACCCUAUGCAGCUAAAGUGGUAGGAGAACCAAUCUCGAGCGAGUUUGAUCUAAUGACGUUGCAGUACACGUUCCGGUACUGUAACUACAUUCAAGCACCGGUGCCGAUCGUCCACAUCACCACACCGGAACAGCUACAUCGGGACCUUGACACCUCUCCAUUGCAUUCUGAUUCUGUCAACUCCAGUGACUCGGCAUUGGCCAAUCAACUAAUUGGGUCGUCCGGUGAAAAAACAGAACUAAAUUCAACAUGGUAUGGCCAUCCACCCAAGGAUACAACGACUGCAUUUGAAACCGAGAUCUUUGUACCGCUGUAUCACUAUGAUGGAGUCGAGCUGGAGAUCCAAGUGAGUGAUGGCGACUGGCUAUUUGUGAAGGAGCGUCAGACAUUAUACUACCGACAUAAAAAUAUGCAGCCGGGUGCAGUGCAUUCGAUCCGAAUCAAGCCUCUUCGUCGACCUACAGCUGUUGUCGAUAAAAUUGAAGUUCAGGCUCUGGAAUAUGGAGAAUCUGUGAAAAAACAGUCAAUCAAGGCUAGAGAUGCCAUGCCAGAAGACAACUCAAACCGUUCCUGCCUUAUCAUGUAGUUUUUUCAUUUUUUUAGACCAAUAAAAGUUUUUUCC